UUUUUGCAUCUUUUUAUAUAAUUUUUGCAUCUCUUUGUGACUUACUGUCAUUUUCAUCUGCUGUUUCUGCAUUUUUUCUGUAAUUUUUAACAUUUUUAUGUCAUUUUUUUGCAUCCUUUUGUUUGUAAGUAGUUGUCAUAGAAGUUGUCUUUUGUCUAAUUUUGAUGUAAUUCCUGCUGUAGCUGCUGAACAAUCGUUCAGGUUCAGUUGUGAGUUAGUGAAUAAAACCAGUUGAAGCAGAUUUUAAACUCUAUGGAGCAGCAGCGCCCCCUGCUGCCUGACUCAUGAACAUUCAGGCUGUUUCUAGGUCAGCUGUCAGCUCAUGUUAGCUUGAAGGAGACCUGGUUUCCCUCACAUUCUCCUCCUGUUGGAUAAAUCAUCCCCAUGCUGCAUCUUUUGCUGUCCAGAUGCAGCUAAACUGCUCUACAUUUUCUUGCAUUGUUGCUUUGUUUUGUGUGUUUUCUGAUUCGAACGCUGUAGAAUCAAACAAAAUAUGUUACUGUGAAAGACUGAAGUGAAUUCUGCUCAUCUUUACUUGUUUACCAAAUUAAAACUGAUCAAAAACCUGGAUAUUAAUGUAGUAAAGAGACAAAAACCUGGAUAGUAAUGUGAUAAAGUCAUAAAAUCCUGGAUAGUAAUGUAUUAAACAGUCUUGUUUUUGGUUGUUCCUUAUCUGAACAGACUAAUUAUAUUGACAUUAAUCAGUGUAAUAAACUAAAGUGUAAAUGGUUUAUAGACUCUUUAUAUCUGUAUGCCAAAGGUGCAUGUCGUGGAGACCUUUGAGUCUUUGGGUGUAACCACACUGUAAAAAUACAUCCAAGUAAAAACAACUGUGAAAAUCUGAAAUAAUCAUGAUAAAAUAUAAAUUUCUAAAGCUGGGAAAUCAAAUAUCUGUAAAACAACUAAACAGGUAAAAUCUCUUAAGUCUCAGUAGAACGUUUCUAAAAUGUUGAAGUUUAAACGUUUUAAAGAACGUUGAUGUUUUACAGCGACGCGUUUUUACAGCGUAUCAGCUGACUGGGUCAACUGGUUAAAGUGGUUUCUAGACUGACCUCUUGAAGGCUGCUGCUCAGAUGGGAGCAUGGCUCAGUCAGGUAUGAAUCUUUACUCGGGCAGCAUCUCUUGUUCCAUCUGUCUGGAUCUCCUGAAGGAUCCGGUGGCUCUCUCCUGUGGACACAGCUACUGUAUGAAGUGUAUUGAAACCCACUGGGAUGGAGAGGACCUGAAGACAACCUACAGCUGUCCUCAGUGCAGGAAGACCUUCACACCGAGGCCUGUCCUGGAGAAGAACGUCCUGUUAGCAGAGUUAGUGGAGGAGCUGAAGAAGACUGGACUCCAAGCUGCUGCUGCUGAUCACUGCUAUGCUGGACCUGAAGAUGUGGCCUGUGAUGUCUGCACUGGGAGGAAGAUGAAAGCCUUCAAGUCCUGUCUGGUCUGUCUGGUCUCCUACUGUGACAAUCACCUUCAGCCUCACUAUGAGUCUCCAGCCUUUAAGAAACACCAGCUGGUGGAGCCCUCCAAGAACCUCCAGGAGAACAUCUGCUCUCGUCAUGAUGAGGUGAUGAAGAUGAUCCAUCCUACUGACCAUGAAGCAGCAGAACGGGUGGAGAAGAAGCUGGAGGUGAGUCGACUGAACAUCCAGCAGAGAAUCCAGGACAGACAGAAAGAUGUGAAGCUGCUUCAACAGGAGCUGAAGGACAUCAGAGUCUCUGCUGAUAAAACAGUGGAGGACAGUGAGGAGAUGUUCACCCAGAUGAUCCAUCUGAUCCAGAACAGAAGCUCUGAGGUGGAGCAGCAGAUCAGAUCCCAGCAGGAGACUCAAGAGAGUCGAGUCAAAGAGCUUCAGGAGAAGCUGGAGCAGGAGAUCAGGGAUCUGGAGAGGAAAGACGCUGAGCUGAAGCAGCUCUCAGAUACAUCAGACCACAACCAGUUUCUCCACAACUACCCCUCAGUGUCAACAGUCAGUGAGUCCACACACUCAUCCAGCAUCAGCAUCCGUCCUCUGAGACACUUUGAGGACGUGACAGCAGCUGUGAAAGAGCUCAGAGGUAAAGUAGAGGACGUUCUGAAGGACACCUGGACAAACAUCUCACCGUCAGAUGUUCUACCGCCACAACCAGAACCAGAACCAGACCUGGAACCAGAACUAGUACUAGAACCGGAACCAGAACCAGAACCAAAGACCAGAUCUGGAUUCUUAAAAUACUUCCAGGGAAUCACUCUGGAUCCAAACACAGCUCACACACAUCUGGUUCUAUCGGAGAAGAACCGAAGAGUGACCUUGAAGGACUACCAGAACUUUCAUCCUGAUCAUCCAGACCGCUUCACCGACUGGUUCCAGGUCCUGAGCAGAGAGAGUCUGACUGGACGGUGCUACUGGGAGGUGGAGUGGAGAGGAGGAGGAGUUUACGUAGCGGUCGCAUACAAGACCGUCAGAAGAACCGGGAGGUCUCGUGAAUGUGGGUUUGGACUCGAUGGCAGGUCCUGGUCUUUGUAUUGUGACACCACCAGGUACACAUUCUGGUACAACAACACCAAAACCCCAGUCUCUGGUCGACCUUCCUCCAGAAUCGGAGUCUACCUGGAUCACAGUGCAGGUGUUCUGUCCUUUUACAGCAUCUUAAAGAAGAUGAAGCUUCUCCACAGAGUCCAGACCACGUUCACUGAGCCGCUACAUGCUGGACUCUGGCUUUACAACUAUGGAGACACUGCAAAAUUCAUCGAUCCGCAAUGAACAGAAGUCCUUAAAGUGUUUGUCUCCAGCUGAUUCAGUCUCCAUCACUGUAAGUCUCCAUCUAAAGAGUCUAAAACCUGGAUAUUAAUCUAGUAAAGUCUUUAAUACCUGGAUAUUAAAGUCGUAAAUAAUCAAAAACCUGGAUAUUAAUGUAGUAAAGAGUCUAAAACCUGGAUAUUAAUGUAGUGAAGUCUUUAAAAAAAAUGGAUAUUUAUGUACUAAAGAGUCUAAAACCUGGAUAUUAAUGUAGUAAAGUGUCUAAAACCUGAAUAUUUAUGUACUAAAGUCUUAAAAACUUGGAUAUUAAUGUUCUAAUGUCAACCGUAAAAUAAUAAAAAACUGAUAAGAAGCGUAAUGUCCUGAUCAAAUACUAAUUUGUUCUUUAACAAGAACUAACCAUUAAAUUACAGUUCCUAAAUUGUAAAUAAGCCAACACCUUUAUUUUACAGAUAUUU